ACAAGUUCGACAUUUUGAUCAAGCAAGCCUCGUUUCCUUUGUCUUUCCAAAUCGUACUGGUUAAUUUUCGCAUAGCAGAAGGAUGACUUCGCUCAUAUCACGCCUGCCGUCGAUAGCAUAUCCACCCGAACAGGACGGAUGGUUUUCGCCUGUUACUUCUACUCUCGACUGGUGUGAAGAGAAUUAUGUUGUUACCCAGUACGCUGCAGAGGUCAUCAACACGUUUACCAAUCUUUUGUUCAUGUACCUGGCUGCAAAGGGUAUCCGCAACUGCCUCAAGCAUGGACAUGACACAGUCUUUCUCGUGGCAUUCGUUGGAUACCUUCUCGUCGGUAGUGGAAGCUUCUUGUUUCAUGCGACUCUGAAAUAUCCCAUGCAGCUUGUCGAUGAGCUUUCAAUGAUCUACACUACUUGCCUCAUGAACUUUGCAACGUUCUCGUAUGGAAAGUCCAGACUGUACUCUACGGGGUUAGCUGUCGGUCUCAUCUCAUUAGCAGUAUUCAUCACACUCUACUAUCACUAUCUCCAAGAUCCGACAUUCCACCAGAACGCCUAUGCGAUUCUUACAGCAAUCGUGUUGUUCCGAGCAAUGUAUGUGAUGGAAGUCAACAUCCGUCCACGCUUCCGUUCAAAGGAAAGAAUAGCAGCGAACCCACGCCAGGCAAAAGGCGUGAAGGCUGUGCAAGACGGUGAAGACGUCCGGGAUCAGGAAAUUAUCAGUACGAUGUGGAAGAUGAUUGGGUUUGGUCUCAGCAUCUUUCUAGGGGGGUUCGGGGUCUGGCACCUCGACAAUGUCUACUGUUCGAAGUUGAUCCAGUGGAGAAGGGAGAUUGGCAUGCCCUGGGGGUUUGUGCUGGAAGGCCAUGGAUGGUGGCAUCUUAUGACGGGAACCGGGGCUUAUUUCUACAUUGUAUGGGGUGUUUGGCUCCGACAUUGCCUCAACUACAGACAAGAUGAAUACGAGCUCGAUUGGCCGAGCUACUGGACGAUGCCGCAGGUUAUCAGGCGACAGAGUGCAAAUGGGUCAAGGAAAAAGGAGCUGUGA